CGUGGACGAGAACAAAACGUAAAGAUAAAAAGUGCCCGACCUGCAUUAGAUUGCCUUUAGAAAUCAGUAUGGAUACUUAAAGCGGUGAAGCGGCCGGGAGGGUAAAAGCUGAGGUGCUGGAGGGAGGAGAGCCCUGCCAGGCUGCUGAUGGGAGGUGCUGCGGUGCUUCGAUGGUUUGCUUGAUAUUAAAAGAAGUGAUGUCAUAGUGCAUUAAAGGUGCUUAUCCCUCUAAAAUUUAAAAGGUCUGCAAAGCCACGCAACUUGAAGGAUAUUUUCAUUCUUCUGUCUCAUCUUCAUUUUCAUUCUUUAUUCCCUUUAUUUCUCUGCUCUGUAAAGCAGAGGUGAGACAAGUACAAAUGCUUGGAGAAGAGAAGGCUGUGGGGAGACCUCAUUGUGGCCUUCCAGUACUUGAAGGGAGUGUAUAAACGGGUUGGAACGACUGUUUGUGAGGGUGGAUGGUGAUAGGACAAGGGGAGUGGUGUUAAACUGAGACAGAGGAGGUUUAGGUUGGAUAUGAGGAGGAAGUUUUUCACCCAGAGGGUGGUGAGGCACUGGAACAGGUUGCCCAAGGAGGCUGUGGAUGCCCCAUCCCUGCAGGCAUUCAAGGCAAGGCUGGAUGUGGCUCUGGGCAGCCUGGGCUGCUGGUUGGUGACCUGCACACAGCAGGGGGUUGGAACAUUGUGCUCCUUUUCAUCCCAGGCCGUUCUGUGAUUCUAUGAAAUGCAGUCUGAAGAACUGCAGAUUGCUUUGGAGCUCAGGGGCCUGAAGGACAACAAAGUGCAGGUUGAGUUGGAGAUUGUGGGUUACUCAGUUCUGGUUGUGGGAUGAUGACGUUCCCCUUUCUGCCUGGUCUGGGUCCCAGGCAGCCCUCUUGCUUUUGCUUGGUGGACAUGGAGGAUCUCUGCUGGUUAACACUCGCCUAAUACUUGUGAAAUUGUCACUUCUCUUGCUUAUUUCCUCCUACAGCUUACCAAUGGAACAUAUUUCACUAUGAUGCUACAAAAGUCCUUUUUAAAUUAUUUACAAGAGAAUAAUAAGAAAAUGAUAAUAAAACACAAAGUGGUUUUCAUAGUGAUGCUGAUCAGACAACACUGACUCAGCCGCAUCCAUCGCCCUCCACUCCUUUUGUUCUCUUAAACACUGCCUUCUCUAUUCUCAGUACUUUAAUUCUUUUCAGUGUUGCAUGGGCCCAGCUCAGCUCCCCAGCAGGGUUGUGCAGUGCUGCCUGCCCCAAGCCCUCCUCAGCUGCUGCUCUGCAGGCAGUGCUGUGCUCGGUGUCCCGGUGUGUGCCUCACCCAUGCGGAAAGCAGUGCUGUGGGGUGCAGCAGCCGUGGGGCACCUGUCCACCUGACAGUUGGGUGAGAUGCUUUGUGAGGCUGGGUCAGCAGUGUUCUGUUGCUUUGAUCUGAGAGUCUCCUUCAGUGGCAUGCAUUGAUAACAUGAAGGCUUGGGACUUAACACGGCUCCAUCAUCAAGUCUGGCUGAGCACUAAUUGCUGCUAUGACCUCCAAGUGUGCUGCCUUCAGCAGGUGAUUAAUUAGCAGUGGGAUGCAGGAGAGAGUUUCUUCAGUCUUCAGGGCUGCAGCAGAAUGGCAGGCAAAGCAUGAGGAACAGCGCUGGAGCAGAACUGCCUGCAUCCUGCUGGAGCUCUCCUGGAACGCCAAGGGAACUCCCCUCAGGAAGUAAUAUGUCUGAUGCUCUUGCGAAUGCAGUGUGUGAGCGCUGCCAGACCCGCUUUGAUCCCGCAGAGAGGAUUGUGAACAGCAAUGGGGAGCUGUACCACGAGAACUGCUUCGUCUGUGCUCAGUGUUUUCGCCAGUUCCCGGAUGGACUUUUUUAUGAGUUUGAAGGUCGGAAGUACUGUGAGCAUGACUUUCAGAUGCUCUUUGCUCCUUGCUGUGGGGAAUGUGGUGAGUUCAUCAUUGGGCGUGUUAUCAAAGCAAUGAACAAUAACUGGCACCCAGAAUGUUUCCGUUGUGAGCUCUGUGAUGUGGCACUUGCUGACCUGGGUUUUGUGAAGAAUGCUGGCAGGCACCUGUGCAGGCCGUGCCAUAACCGUGAGAAAGCUAAGGGGCUGGGCAAGUACAUCUGUCAGAAGUGCCACCUGAUAAUUGAUGAGCAGCCUCUGAUGUUCCGGAAUGAUUCCUACCAUCCAGAUCACUUCAAUUGCACCCACUGUGGGAAGGAGUUGACUGCUGAGGCCCGGGAGCUGAAGGGAGAGCUGUACUGCCUGCCCUGCCACGACAAGAUGGGAAUCCCCAUCUGUGGAGCCUGCCGCAGGCCCAUUGAGGGCCGCGUGGUCAAUGCCCUGGGAAAGCAAUGGCAUGUUGAGCAUUUUGUUUGUGCCAAAUGUGAGAAGCCAUUCCUGGGGCACCGCCACUAUGAGAAAAAAGGACUGGCUUACUGUGAAACUCAUUAUAACCAGCUCUUUGGAGAUGUUUGCUACAACUGCAGCCACGUGAUUGAGGGAGAUGUGGUAUCAGCUCUUAACAAGGCCUGGUGUGUGAACUGCUUCUCCUGCUCCACCUGCAACAUCAAGCUCACACUGAAGAAUAAGUUUGUGGAGUUUGACAUGAAGCCUGUAUGCAAGAAGUGCUAUGAGAAAUUCCCACUGGAGCUGAAGAAACGCCUGAAGAAGCUGUCAGAGCUGGCAUCCAAGAAGGCACACCCCAAAGCCCUGGAUUUAAAUUCUGCUUAAGCAGGUCUGUCCAUCUGUUGACUGCGCUCUUGCAGUCGCAAGGUGCUGCUCACAGCAGCUGCUGAUUAAAAGAGAAUUACUCAGAACAAGUGAAACCAAAGAGAAGUGGUACCUUGCCCUGCUUCUGGGAACAUGGCCUGCAUCUUGACUCUCUUUUUCUCAAGCAACUGCCUAUUAACACUUGCAGAAAGAGCAGUUUACAGGCUGGUUAUUAAUUUGCUAACAUCUUAUUUUUAAACUGUACAGCAUCUUUCUUUCUUUCUUUCCUUAGUUGAACUGUACUUCUCUCUCCAUUCCUCUAUAGUCUGAUGAAUUUAGAAACACUAAUUGAGUGUAGGGGUGGAAGAAAUGUGUUGUUUGCUCUUUUUUGGUUUGAGUUUACUGGAUAAGCUCAGAAGCCAAUAGUUACAACACCUUAAUUGCCUACUUGUCUGACUCAGAACCAAUGUUAGGACUGCUGAAGAAGUUUACUUUGCUGUUUCUCUGCUCAGCAGUAAGAAGAGUGCAGUUGCCAAGGCCACGUCAGCCCCUUCUGGAUGGUUGGGCUCCCUUUAGGGAGGUGCUGGCUGUGGAAAAGGAUAAACCUUGUUAGAAACUGAUGCCAUGAUUUCUCAAUCUGUCCUCUAUCCAUCAUGGAUACAAGAGAUUCUGGUGGUCAGCACAAAGCACAUCCUAUCCUUGGACAAAGCUGACACUUCUAGUUGUUUGGAAUUAUGGAACCCAGUUGAUAAUACAGUGUUAGCUUAACUGAUUCAGUUUCAAAUCCAGUCCUUCUUGCUUUGUUUGAAAGGUGAGAAUACACUCUGAGGUCACUCUCCACAAAGCUUAAAUACACUAAGAGAUUUCUGUCAUUUGUAGUUGAUCACCAAUGCUAUCUUACAAAUUAAAAUCAGUGAAUGGUUUUCAUAACAUUCACUCAAAUAAGAGGCACCCAACAUCUUUCUUCUUAAGACCUGAAUGUGUACUUAAAGAGAGGACCUCAGACCUGAAUCUACACCUUUUAACAUGUAGUUUUGCUUGCAGAUUUCCUUCUGCUCUGUAGUUUUUCCUCUCACUGAUGCAGUUUUUCUCGUACAGCCCAAGGUGCCAAAAAUACAUUGGUUUUGAUCAUCCUUACUGUUUCUUCAGGGGCGAUCUGAACUAAUCUGAGCAGACUGAGAAUGCCUUUCCAUGAGUAGUUGGAGGCUGUAUCUGCCCUUUUUGUGAGAUGGACAGGAUUGAAGGCACUGGAGGACUGCUGUCCCAUGUGGGAUUUAAGUCUACCAGAAAGUGUAUAGCUGAGCAGAUGAAGUGAAUACAGCAGUUGGGCCUGAGGCAGCACCCUGUUAGCAAGAAGUUAAAGCUUCCUCACUUUUUGCAUGUGUGAGAAACAACUGGGUUGGGUAAUCUACCUUAAAAUUGCCCUCACUGCCAUUGUGCUCUGCUCCAAAAGGGUCUGCACAAGGUAAAACACUGGUAGCUGUUUGUGUGCUUGCUGUGCAGCCACUGCCCAUGGAACUGCAGCAAUGAUCUCGUGGCAGCAGUGGGAAGUCAUGGUUAACUGUGCAGAUCAGAAUCCCAUGCACAAGACCAUCUCUUAGAUACUGGCUUUCCUGAUUCGAUUUUCCACCAGCUGCUCUGCUUUAUUACUGUCGUAAGUUUCCAUACGAUUUUAACUGGGAUAAUCCUUAUCCACCCUACAGUGAUGAGGGGAUGGGCUUUAAUCAGGUGGCACAACUCUCCCAUGGCCUUCUGACCAGUGUGCACUGUGGAUUACACUAACUGUGGCUUUUGUCACUGCUUUAGGAGAACACAUGCCUUGUCCCUGUUCUCUCACUAACCUGUACAGGUCUUUUAGUUAAGGACCCAAAGAGCAGCACGUCUUUUAGUGCAGUAGGAUGUGGGCACUGCAGAGAUUUUUCCUAUUCUUUGGCUGGUUCACAGAAUGAAGCACAGAAACAUUGAUUUAGAUACGUUACCCAGACUGAUCUCAGCAUAAAGCAUGCAGGUCUGUUCCUGUCAUCUUAGUCACAAACCACACCUGAUGCCAAGUGUGAGCAGCUGUGUACAGAGCUUCUGGGAAGGUGCUGGGGAACACCGAGCUGUGUACCUACUGGUGAAAACAAAGAGUAUGCAGCUAGCAGGCAAUAGGAAAUACUCUUUCUGUGGCCACUCUCAAGUUCAGCAAUGGAAAAUUCAGGCAUAUAGGAGCAGAUGGAAUUAUUUAUUCCUGCAAAUAGAGAGUCUGUGCUUUCACUUUGUCUCAUGCUAGAAAUCAAGCAGACCUAGUAGGCUUCAGUAAUCCAAGAGCAGCCAGUAUCAUCCUCUUUGUUAAGGUGUUCAGUUUGCAUUCUGUCCUCAGAGCAUUGCCCAAAAGGAGUGAAAAAACCAUCAUAGUCCCUGUUUUCUGUGAAGAACUGAGAGUGGUGAUCUCUUAGCAGCUCUUAAAUUGUGAAAUGUUCAGACUGCUCUUCUUAGCCUAUGAUGGACAGAUGUGCAGUAGUGAAUGUUACUCACGUACCUUUGGUGAGGCAGUGGAACUGAAGGAAAGAAAGGUCAUUAGGAGUAGUUUGAACAGAUGCAUCUUCCCUCUACCUCUUUGGGUCCACUUCUAAAACACUUUAAGUAGAAGAUAAUGCAGACUGCAGAGUUGCCCUUAGUGCCUCUCAUGAAGCCAAGGUCCUGGUCAGAAAUAAGCUGCCUGCUUUUUUUCCAUUGCUGCAAGCAGAUAAAUGGCCAAAUUCAUCCUAAGUAUCAAACCUCUGGAGAGCAGAGGUUUACACCAAGGUUGAAUUUGGCUCAGAAGCCUACACUAACUAAAAGCUCAUGUAAUUACAUGCAUUUCUAGUUUACAUUCCUAUUUAUACAUACAGAAUUACAAUCACUAAUAUUCACUGACUGCACUUGAAAAUAUUUAUGCUUUUAGAAACCACAGUAUGUGAAGCUUGUUUGUAUUAAAAGGGCAUAUUAAUCACCUGCUGUCUUUCUUUAUAACCUGCUCUCUUGGGUUUGCAUCCUGGCCUUUAUUUUUACACCAAUCUGUGCAGUGUUAGCAAACAUUCAACCUCCUGGACAGAGAGUUCCUAGAUGUGAGCUUUGUAUCAGAUGAUGUGACUGACAGGUGAUCAGAUGGUGAAGGAACAGAUUGCACAGAGCUAAUAAGUGCAGUUGCAGUAGUCUGUAAAGCACUAUUAAGUGCUGAGGACAGUAGAAGUUGGAUGAAAGAAUUAGCAGCAAUUAGUCAUGGUUCAGGCUUUGAUGAUAGAUGUGGACUCUGCACAGUGCAGAGCUCUCAUUUGAUCACACGUUGCUGGUGCUAACCUGACAUGUGACUGUGGGUUGAAGUAUUGUAAUAUUGUACCUGUUUGUAUUCCUGUAAUAAAGUUAAUUGUACUGCUACAU